AUGUCAGGCUCAACCCUCGCCUACUCCCGCUCCCAAGAUGCCCCCCUCACACAAACACCAACCUUCACCUCCUCUCCUCCAAUAUUCGUCCUACCUACCCACCUAACCCUAAACGAGUUACAUCGGAUAGAAGAUAUCCUGGGCAACCGCGGCGCGAGACUUACAUAUGAUAUCUCCGAAGCUAGAUUGGUGAUAGGCAAGGUAGGGCAGAAGAAGAGAGCGGCGUUGGAGUUGAGGGGCAGGGGGGUUUUGACGGAGGAGGUUUCUGCAUCGGGGGAAGGGGAGGGAGAUAGGGAGCCGCCGGUUAAGAGGAGGCGCGUUGGUAAUCAUGAUGAGGAUGGGAACGGUGUUGGGCAAUUACAAGAUGGAGAUGUUAGUACUGAGAGUGAGGGCGAGGAGGAUGGGAUGGAGAGUCAGCAUAAUCCCGGGAGGCAUUUGCGGAAGAAGUCUGUAUCUGUUGCUUCAACUUCAACAGCUGGCUCAGAACAAGGGAAAAAUGUUAUCAAAAUUGUCAAGCUACAAUGGCUCGAGAAGUCAAUAGAAGCCCAAGAACUGCUCCCCAUAGACCCAUACCUCGUCUAUCAAGCGCGCAUAAUCGACCCUCCCACCACUACAAAACCAACCACAGCAUCCGACAUAAUACAACGAGCCCGAAAAGACGCACUAUUCAAACCCCCAGUAACACUGGCAUCUCACUUCCAUACCUGCCGCCAAAAAGAUAUCCCGGACAACAUCCCCAGCCAAACCCACCCCAUCCCAAAACUCUACCGCCAAACAACCUCCGAACAUGACGAAAUCAUUCCCCUUCCCCCCGUCCCAGACUGGGUUAAGAACCGUGUCAUGUACGCCUGCAUGCGCUCUGCACCCCUCCACCCCCCAAAUGAACGCUUCAUCGACCAACUGGUCAAAAUCCGUAAAACCCGCGACCUAACCCUUGACGAAAUCGGCGUCCGCGCAUACAGCACCUCCAUCGCAGCCAUAGCCGCAUAUCCAUACCAUUUCAGCCGCCCCUCGCAAAUCCUCCUUCUCCCAGGCUGCGACGCCAAAAUCGCAAACCUGUUCGCUGAAUUCCAGUUUAGCGAAAACAAAACCUGCCAAUCAGCAAACCUCCUAGACACAGACCCGGAUCUCAAGAUCCUCCAACUAUUCAACAACAUUUGGGGUGUAGGCGCCAAAACUGCGCGAGACUUCUACUACACCCGCCAAUGGCGUGAUCUCGACGAUAUAGUCGAAUACGGUUGGUCAGCUCUCUCUCGCGUCCAGCAAAUCGGCGUGAAAUACUACGACGAGUUCCUAGAAGGCGUGCCCCGCUCUGAAACAGCACACAUCGCAUCAACAAUCCAGCGCCAUGCGAACCUCGUCCGCCCAGGUGCAGACUACGACGGCCACGGCGUGGAAUAUAUCAUCGUAGGCGGGUAUCGGCGGGGGAAAGCAGUCAGCGGAGAUGUAGAUAUUAUACUUAGCCAUCGCGAUGAAGCCGUUACUAAGAACCUCGUCGUUGAUCUGGUGAGUAGCCUCGAGAACGAAGGGUGGAUUACACAUACACUAGCACUGCAUAUGACGACUUCGAAUCGAGAGCAACAAACCCUCCCCUAUCGCGGCGACGAUAAUUUCCCAGGUCGCCAUUUCGAUACCCUCGAUAAAGGACUCGUCGUCUGGCAGGAUCCUCACUUCCCUGACCCUGACCCUCAGUCAGAUACUGGUGGUCAAAAGAAACGAAAUCCCAACAUCCACCGCCGCGUCGACAUCAUCAUCUCGCCUUGGCGCACCGUCGGGUGCGCAGUACUCGGGUGGUCUGGCGAUACAACCUUCGAGCGGGAUUUAAGGCGAUAUGCGAAAAAGGCGCAUGGGUGGAAGUUUGAUUCGAGUGGUGUGAGGGCGCGGACGAGUGGGGGCCAUGUGCUGGAUUUGGAGAGGGGUGGAAGGACUUGGGAGGAGAGGGAGAGGAUGGUUAUGGAGGGGUUGGGGGUUGGGUUUAGGGGGGCUGAGGAGCGGUGUUCAAGGUGA